UCUUGGAAAAGAAUGGAUUCUCUUGGGACAAAUGGAAAGGGGGAGGAGAGAAAGAAAGAGAGAGAGAUAGAGAGAGAAGGAAUGAGAGGGGAGGGCUGGUAACUACAUCUGGAACUUAUUGGGAACAAGGCAGAGAGAGAAAGAGAAACAACUGAGAGAAGAAUAAAAUAUCAACAGCUGGAAAUGAGGAGACUGUAACAAAGAGAAGAUCAGUUCCUUCGGCCAUGGAAAAAGUGUUCUCAGAUUUAGACUACGAGGAAAAGACUUCUGAAGCAAGGAGGACUUUUUGAAGACGAAUAGAAGGAACCUGAGAGAAGAAUCAACUAAUCAAGCAAAAUCCAGCCAGUGAGGAGUUUGGCAUCCCUCAGCAAGAAGCAGCAAUUCUACAAAACAGAACUCAUCUCCUCUCCUGUGGGCUGAAAAGGGAGCAGCAACAAAAGGAAUCCAGAGAAGUCAGGGCAAUCAGAGAAAAACAAAACUUAAAAAAGAAAACAACAACAAAACGUGGAGGAAUCGUGAGUUUGGCACAAACUUGCUGCCAUCACUUUGAACCACAGGAGAACAAAAUUCCUGAAAAGUUUCAGACUUGUCCUGCACUCCACCCACCAGCAGGAUGGCCGUGUCACGGGGUUGCCUGUGUUGUGUGAAGUACCUCAUGUUCGUCUUCAACCUCAUCUUCUGGCUGGGUGGGUGUGGCCUGUUCGGUGUUGGGGUGUGGCUUUCCUUCACCCAGUCACAGUUCUCCUCCCUCCCGCUGUCCUUUCCUUCACUUUCGGCUGCCAACCUGCUGCUGGUGGCUGGCGGCGUUACCAUGGUGACGGGGUUUCUGGGGUGCCUAGGGGCCCUGAAGGAGCAGCGCUGUCUGCUGAUGACGUUUUUCGUGAUCCUCCUGCUCCUGUUCCUCACUGAAGUGACUCUGAUUCUGAUUCUGAGCAUCUACCACAAAGAGCUGGACGAGAAAGCUAAGGAUGAUUUGAUAAAGGGGAUGAAGGACUAUAACAAAAACACUGACCUGAAGAACUCCUGGGACAACAUGCAGAGAAUUUUUAAGUGCUGUGGUGUUAGUAACCACACUGACUGGCACAACAGCACUGGAACAGGUCAGCUCCCUACAUCCUGCUGCAGACCCGGCACUGACCCCUGCCACAGAUGGGAAGAGCCGUGCUACGAGAAGGCCAAGAACUUCCUCCUCAGCAACAUUACAUCAGUGCUGGUGUUUGGGGUCUGCCUCGGCAUUGUCCAGAUCCUGGCCCUGGCUUUCUCCAUGCUGAUGUACUGCCAAAUCCUGCGUGCGGAAAAAUACAUGGACUGACCUGGCGCGUGGCCCAGCGCUGUCUGGGAUCUGGUGUAUAGCCGAGAGAAUGCAUAACAAUUAGGAGUGAAUUUUACUCUUUUAGGACUUUACUGGACUUCAGCUUCAUAACUCAGAACGGAUACAGUGCUUUGCAUCAGUAAAGACACACUGUCCCAGCUGGAUAUUCUUACCUGCAGGAAACUUUGACUCUUAAAAUUGGAUUCCAUGUUGGUUGAGAAACAGUGAGAUACAGACGGGUGACAAAUUAAAGGAAAAACCUUAAGCUAUUGACAUCCCAUCAUGCUCUGUGGUAUGUAUACAAAUGCUGAGCAGGCCUCAAAAUUGUUUGCAGAGGAAAGGAUCUCAGUGACUUUGAAAAAAGGGCUCAUUAUUAGGCAGGAUGCUUCAGUCUCAAAGACUGCACCACUGUUUUAACAGGAAUACUGGCUGUGUUUACAUGCAAAGAUUUUUGCCAAUCCGAUUGAAUACAUUCCAAUUAUAGAUUAAGACUGAGGGGUUUUUAUGCUCACUCUACUCAACAGUCUGAUGGAAAAUCUCCGUUUACAUCACACUACAAGUAAUCCAACCCCAAAUUACGCGCGUGUGUAGAGUACUGUAGCUGUUACCAUGACAGCCAGCAUCACGUGAGUCCAGUCAGAGUGAGACGAGCAGCAGUGAGCAGUGCUUGUGUUUGUAAUUACUUUAAAAUGAUGUCAGACUCAGAAAAACGUCCUUCACAUUUCCUUAUUAAAGAAGGCCGAGAGGAAGACGUCGUGUUCUGAGACACAUAAGCUGGACGUCCGUCCCACCGCCGUCUUUUAAAGAUCAGAACAUAAACUUCGUCUUUUCUGCCGACCAGUUUCUGCUCCGCCAUGUUGAACGUUAUAAACUGUCACUAUGACGUGACGCACAUGAUCAGAACGUACCUAAACUUUCCGAUAGGGAAUGUAAUCAGAUACAGACGUUUACACGGCUAUUAUUCUUCUAUUUAACAGAUUAUUUACAGGAUUACCCACCUCUUUCAACCGGAUAGAAACUGUAUUACGGAAAGCCUCAAUCAGACUAGACUAUUCCGAUUGAGGUGUUUACAUGGACGUAUUCUAUUCCGAUUGAACUAUUAGUCGGAUUAUUAAUGGAUUAUUAGGUUGCAUGUAAACGUGGCUAGUCACUAAAGUGUCCUCUGCAUUUAGAUCUGUGGGAAAGACUUCAGCAAACAGUGCUGGUCACCAUCAUGUAUUCAAUGAGUGUUAGAGCGAUGCAGCGACUGUUCCUCAGGUGACUGAGACUGUCAACACAGGAAGGAAGAGAUGAGACUGCCUGAACAGUCUACUACUACAUAAAGAGGGAUAUUAUAGUUAGGCUGCAGUGCAUAAACCCCUCAUUACAAAGGCUAAUGACCAUCUGAGAGGUCAAUGGUGCAUAGGCUGGUCUACAGAAAUGUGGACGAGUCUUUCCCCUCUAUAUUCUUCACAAGUGAGCGAGUGCAUGUGCAGCGUACACCAAGAGAAAAGUACAGGCCUGAAAGCUUGACCGCUAUAGUGAGGGGGUACGGUAGCUCUGUUAUGCUGCGAGGGAAUUUGUUGGCAAGGUUUGGGGCCUUUGUCUGUCUAAAGGGAAAGGUCACUACAAAUCAGUAUCAGAAGUUAUUCUGACUGAUCAUCUUUAUCCGUUAGCCUCGUCCAGGAUGACCAUGCCCCCACUGACAGGACAUGAGGGGUCUCUGAAUGGUUUGAUGGGUAUGACAAUUAUGUAAAUCAAAACACCAACUGACAAACUGACGGGAAUCUCUUUCGGAAGGUGUUCCAUCCCCUCAGUACAGUUCUAGACUUGUAGAAUCUACGCCAGGGAACACUUAAGAUGUCCUGGUGGCUCAUGGUGGCCCAACACCUUACAGAGACACUUUACGUUGGUUUUUCCUUUAAUUUGUCACCUGUCUGUAUACAUAUACAUCCUUGCUGUUAGAACAAAACCUCCAAAAUAUGUGUAACUUUUCAGGAGAGGGCAAAAACAUUCAGCUUUUAAUGGAAGUUAAUGUAAAAAGAAUUUGUUCCAAAUUAUUUUGGGGCAUUUCUAUUAUUCCAUCAGUCUAUAUAAUGUGCUGUUUGCUUCUCUUAAGGUGGAUAAAAACUAAUAAUCGUAACAGAUUAGAUGGCCACUGCACAAAACACAGUCAGCCAUAUGAUUUACAUAAGACUUAUGAAGAGUUUUCUGUUGAUUUGAUAUUUGUUAUGUCAGUUAGUCUAUUAAACUAGUAAACUAUGGUUUAAUUCUUCA